UCGUACCGCAGUAAAACCGAAGAGAAUCGAAUGAAAUAACGAUCGUUUACGCGCGACUCAGAAAAAAUUCACCGUCGCUUUGCAAUUGCGACCAGAUAACGAAACGAUUUCCGUAGGAUAGAUUGUGUUUGAAAAAUAUACGCACACGCACGCAACGUAUACACGCAAGAACGUUUCGAUAAAGCAAGCGACACAUUUUUCGAUCGUUCGAACUGCACGCUUGUGUUAUUUAUCGCUGGUCGAUUCGUUAAACUGGUCGGAUAUAUAAGUCCCUUGUCUUUCGGAUCGUGUCGUUCUAGUGCGUGAGAAUAUACGAAUAUCGCCGUCUCUUUCUCCGAUAAAAGUGUCGUGGCACGUGCAUUCUAAGCUACGCGUGAAAAUAAGCUCCCCGGCGCGUUCAGGAUUGUCAACAAUGCGUGUCCGAUAUUUUCGCGCUAAUUAACGGUCCCGCUAUUUUCGUACGGCCCGUUCCCUCUUCUCCGUGAAUUCUGGAUCGUCCCGAGUCUCGAUCCGUGCAGUUUAACAAUAACGGAAAGUUUAAUCGAUGUCCCGCGGUGGUGGUUCUCAGUGGUUGGAAAAUAUUGUGAUUAAAGACGCGGCUCGCGUAUGUGUUGUGUCAACGUUCCUUUUUCCAAACGGGUUGCGUAGUCUCGCGGUCGUUCUGCUGAUAAAAUUCGUCGCCCGUCGGCAAAAAGAAAGAGAAAGCGGCACGUUGGGCAGUCGAAUGUGAGGGCCCGGAAGAGGAUAAACGAAAAUGGGCACGAAGGUACUCAUCGAGAUGCAGCAGCAGCUGAGACACGCCAUGUCUAGCUCGGAUAGCGCGCCGACCAGUACAAAAAAGUUGGACGACACGAUGAACGUGGACAACUCGAUAUUUCUAGUCUUCGAGGAUAUUUCCUACAGCGCGCGGCCAUGGAUCCUCUCCAAAGAAAGAGCGGAGUUGUUGAAAAAUCUGAGCGGCGAAUUCAGGGCUGGCGAGCUCACGGCGAUCAUGGGUCUGUCCGGCGCUGGGAAAUCGACGCUGAUGGACGUUCUGGCCGGCUUCACAACGAGUGGCGUGACCGGGAACGUAAAAGUCAAUUCCAGGAUCAGAAAUGUCACCAAAUUUAGAAGAUUGUCCGCGUACAUAAUGCAAAACGACAAUUUGCAGCCGCUGCUGACCGUGCAGGAGGCCAUGAACGUCGCCGCCGAUCUGAAACUUGUCGUAAGCGACGGCGAGAAGAGACAGAAGAUCGAUCAGAUUUUGGUCACGAUGAGCCUCGACUCGUGUCGCCAGACGCGCACGGGACAACUCAGCGGCGGAGAAAGGAAAAGACUGGCCAUUGCACUGGAGUUGAUAAACAGUCCGCCGGUUCUGUUCCUCGACGAGCCCACCAGCGGAUUGGACAGCGUCACCUCCAAGUAUUGCAUAACGUUGCUGAAGCAAUUGGCGAAGGCGGGACAGACGAUAAUCUGCUCGAUUCAUCAGCCGAGCGCGUCGCUUUUGAACAUGAUAGACCAUCUUUACGUGGUGGCGGACGGAAGUUGCGUCUACAGCGGCAGCACGCAGAAUUUAGUGCCUUAUUUGAGCAGCCUCGGCCUGCAAUGCCCGAUGCAUUACAAUCCCGCCGACUACCUGAUGGAGAUUUGCAACGGUGAUUACGGGAGCCACGUGCCGAAAUUGGUGGACGCGAUCGAGAAUGGGAAAAAUAGCGCGUGGAGGUCGACGAGCAACGUAACCACGGUCAAUUGUCAGGAGGAAGUUAUCGCUUUAAAUGUAACAGCAUCGUUUCAAGCGCUUCGACAACGAUCCCCGAUUGAGAAUCCUCUCAGUAGCGGACGCAAGGGAUCUUCGGAAUACGCGGCGAACUUUUGGAAACAGUUGAUCAUCCUUCUCAGAAGGAACGCCAUUAAGCUGUCGCGGGACAAGGUGUUGACUUUCACGAGGCUCUUGAUGCAUUUUCUAAUUGCACUGCUAGUGGGGGCCAUUUACUUCAGGAUCGGACAGGACGCUGUGUACGUGCUGGACAACUUCAAUCUUCUGUUCUUCAACAUAAUGUUUCUCAUGUUCAGUGCGUUUAGCGCCACGGUGACGACAUUUCCCUCGGAGCUACCGAUCAUCACGCGCGAGCACUUCAAUCGCUGGUACAAGCUGCACUCUUUUUACCUGGCCAACAAACUGGCGGACUUGCCGAUCCAAAUCGCCGCCAUUUCAAUGUACAUUCUCAUAGUGUAUUACCUGAGCGACCAACUGUUGGAACUUCGACGAUUCUGUCUGUAUAUGCUAAUGUGCUUUGCCAUCAGUAUGGUUGCUCAAACGUUUGGCCUUCUAGUCGGGACUGGAAUGAAAGUGCAGCACGGUAUGAUCUUCGGCCCACUUACGAUCCUUCCGUUCUUAAUAUUCAGUGGAUUCUUCGUUCAAUUCAGGGACGCUCAUCCGUACCUACGCUGGCUGUUUCACUUGUCGUUUCUUAAAUACGGUUUUGAGGGUGUGAUGGUAGCCAUGUACGGCUACAACAGACCAAAGCUCCCGUGCUCGGAGGUCUAUUGCCAUUUCGCUGUGCCAGAGAAGCUGCUGAGCGCCGUGGACAUGAAGCAGGCCGAUUACUGGUUCUGCAUGAUCGUCCUGACCUGCCUCUACUUCGUGCUGGACCUAGGGGCGUUCGCGUUGUUGAAACUGAAACUGGAGAAACGGUUUUCGUCAAGGAUGGAAAAACGACGGCUAUAAUUCGUGAUGCACAAUGGUUCUGUAAGCGUGCUUAUACUCGUAUUCUAUUAUCUCGAGAUAGCGGUAUCGUAAAUCGAUGAUACAUAUGCAUAUCUACGCUCGUACAUCGAAAAUAUGCUAUUUUCUGAUUUCAUUUAUUUAGUCCUGCAACCCAUUCCUUGUUGAAUGUGUGACGUUAUAUUAAAUGUUUAUACAGGGUGUUCGAGCCAAAAUAAGACGAAAAUCAAGAAUACCAAUUUGUCGAUGGAGGC